UUUGAAUGAACAUCACAAAGGCGGGGAAAGCCCAUUUCCUCUCGUUUGUAAACGAGUGUAACAAUUUCGACCAAUCAGCGUCGAGUAUAUUCGGAUUGUUGGUGUUUAAUUUUGACAAGAUAGGGUGCAUCACUUUUUCGGAGUUUAAACUUUUGGAUAACGUAUUUAUGCCUAUAUUUAUGAAAUUUAUAGCAAUUCAGAGUAAUGAAAGUUCUAAAUGCACUCAGCAAAUUUCAAAAGUCUCCAAACACAUUUAUCCCAGUCCACAUGCAUCUUCGUCCAAGAACACGAAGUCAGAUGACAAUAUGGAAUUUACCUGAAGAACUUUUGCUGUAUAUUAUUAAAGGAUUACAUAUCAGAGAUGUUCUUAAUUUGAGAGCUGUCCACCCAUACUUUAAAGAUUUAAUAGAAAACAGUUCUGUGAUCUGGAAUUCCACAAGUUUUCAAGAUGAAUGGCCAUCACUGAAAAACAUUCCACAUUUUGAGAAAGCUGGAGAUUUGGGAAAUCUUGAAGCAUUGAUCAAAAUGGCCAUCGCCUACCUCUAUAAUGAAGGAUUACCAACCGAUUUGGACGGAAAGAAAACCAUCAACAAUGGAGAGAAGGCAGCAGAUAUAUUUUGUAGAAUUGAAGGACUUAGUCCAAACACAGAUCCUUUUACAUGGCUGUUUAUACGACCGCCUUGGUCUGUUAAUGGUGCUUGCUGCAAAGAAUGUGUCUUCAAAUACAUGAAAGAUUUUAUUAAAACGACAAAAGACAAAAAUAUCCAUGUAUGUGUAGCUAGGACAUUAAUGUUACUUGAAUCAGAAGAUAAAACAGAGAUAUGCCAGUAUCUGAAGGAUGGCGCUGAACUUGGAUCAGGCGUAGCAGCAUUUAUGUUCUGGCAACAGAAAUAUGAUAAAAUGGUAAUGGACAAAGGAACAGAAUUAACAAGUAUUCGAGAACUGAGGGAUUUGACUUCUUUAGGCUAUCUUGAAGCUAAACUAACGCUCUGUAAAUACUACGCACAUGGAAAAUAUGGAGGUUUAUCUCAACACCAGGCAGCUGUCUUUGUAAAAGAUUUGGUGCAGACAACAUCACCAACAAACACUCAAGACUGCUUUCAAACUUCACAGGAAUUAACACAAUCUAUGAGAUACAUUCUUGUCGAUUGGUUGGUUGAAGUUGCAGGGAUGAAAGAUUUCUCUAGUCAUACACUGCAUGUUGCUGUUAGUAUGGUGGAUAGAUUUUUAAAAGUACACAAGACAUCUCGAUCCAAAUUGCAAUUAUUAGGUGUUGCUGCCAUGCUUCUAUGUUCAAGAUAUUUAGGCAAAGAUAUUAUCACAAUCAGAGAGGCAGCAUGGCUGACAGAUAGUACCUACAAGUAUGAAGAUAUUGUCCGAAUGAUGGGCGAGAUUGCUGCCACAUUAAAAGGCAACAUUAGGACAAUCACUAGCAUUGAUUUGGUUGAGAUAUUCUGUAUACUCUGUGAUCUGGAUAAGAAGUCAUGUUACCUAGCUGAAUACAUCUGUGAACUUUGCCUCCUUCAGGCUGAGAUGGGACAAUAUAGCCCUGCAGAGAUUGCUGCUAGUUGUGUGUUGUUAGCUCGUGUCUUGAUGAAGCAUGAAAAUGCUUGGCCAUCAAAGAUGAGUUUGUUUACAGGAUAUAAGAUAGAAGAUAUCAGUAGAUGUGCAUUCCAUCUUCAUGAAAAGUGCUUCUUGGAAGGAUCAGUUGUGGAUCAUAGAGAUGUAAAACUACAGUCAGUUAAACUUAGAUAUGCUGAAGAAAAGUUAUACAAAGUCAGUGAAAUACAGAUAAUGAGUUAUGAAGAAUUGUGCAUAAUGUUAGGUGUAACAGAACACAUACUUCAGGGAUGUGAUGUGCGUGUCAAGUUCAAGAAUGACGACGAGCUCAUCUUAUCACCCUCCAGAAAGAAGAGGAAAUAUGACAAACCAUAUUCCCGUAUGAGAGAAAGAAGAACAUUCAACAGUUUGACGAUGGAAGGAGUUAGACCACAUGAUUCUGUUUUGUCUGGUUAUGAUGGAGAUAAAGAAGAUGCAGAUGAGUCUUUUAUCGAGGAAGAAGAAUUCAGUGAUUGCAGCAAGCUAGACGAAGGAUUUGAUGCUUCUUCAUGUUCAGAAGAAGAGUCCGUAAUACAACCAACAUCUGCCAGUAAAAAUGUCAAAACAAUGACCUUGAAUAUCUCAUUUAUGAACACAUCACCUCUUGCAUCAGGAUUUUCAUUAGUUACUCCUGGUUACUCCUGUGAUAAAGAUUUGACCUCAGGAUUGGCGUCUUCGCCAAUGUCCUCUACCCUAGAGGAUUGUCCGUCCACGUCAUCUGUCAUGCCAAAAUCAUCCUCUUUGUGUAAACUUGAACAUUUACCCUCAUUAUGUGCUGACUCUACAAGUGAUUCAGACUUUGAAUUCUCUCCGUCAAAAUACUCUGACAAACGUAAAAGUGCUACAAGUCACAUGACUUUACGAGGUAGUCGAAAAAGACGACAGGGAGGGAAUUGUUGUGCUCUAGUGCUUCACCAAAAUCUACGCCAACACAAUCAGUGAUUGUUGUGAUAUAUAGACAAUACAGUAAUGUGCUACCGAUACUGCCAAAUAACACUUGUCAUGGCAACCAAGUUGCAAAGUGUAUUUUUUAUGUGGUCAUAUCCACACUAAAUUGAAUGACUGAUGAAUGAAUGGAAUGUUUCUAUUUAAAUUUGAUAACUGAGAAAGUAUGAUUAUGAUAUAUUUCAAAUAGUAAGAAAACGUCAUUUUAGUAAAAAAAAAUUGCCAAAUGGAUGUUUUCUCUA